GGCUCAGAGGAGCGAUUAAGCUGCGAUCCGAACGCUGCCGCUGCUGCCUCUGAGGCAGACGAUUCGCACGCACAUCUCAGAAAGUCUUCGGACUGGACGGAGAUUAUCAGCUGGCACGUGCCUACCCGCGGGUUACUGCACACGGACCGCUGCUGCGUCAAGGUUGGAAUCCGAGCAAGGCGAUCGGUGCGGGGGCGCACCUUGCCUCUACCCCUGCGUGUUCGAGUCGAAGUCCCGCAACUCAUGGCGGACUCGGCUCACACCCCCCGCCUGAUUGUUCCCUGGACUAUCGGCCCUAUGGAGCCGCAAAAGCCAAAGAAGAAGGCGUUCUACUUGGUGAGGAUGAAGCCCGCUAACAGUAAGGAGCCGGUCAGCAGUAGCAGCAGCAGCAACAACAACAACAAUAUGUCCUUCAUGAUCCACUGCCACAUCGGCAAGGAGAUCAAGCACAUCUGCAGCAACUGUAGCCGUGGCACCGAAGCACAAGACGCUGAAGAAGUUGAAAGACUGGCUGCGAUGCGCUCCGAGUCGUUGGUUCCUGGCACCCACACUCCUCCCAUCCGAAGAAGAAGCAAAUUUGCAACCCUAGGCAGGCUCUUCAAACCCUGGAAAUGGAGAAAGAAGAAGAGCGAGAAGUUCAAACAGACGUCCGCAGCUUUGGAAAGAAAAAUUUCUGUGAGGCAAAGCAGAGAAGAGCUGAUCAAGAGGGGCGUCCUGAGAGAGAUCUUUGAAAAAGAUGGAGACAUCCCGCUAACAAAAGAAGACAGGAAGCUAGAGAACGGGCAGUCGCCAGUGUCCAGUCCCGAUAUGUUAGACUGUGAAACAGGAGACGCCGCCUAUGAGGUGCUUCCCAACACAGAGCUAAUGGAUGGGACAGUUUCAGAGGAAUUUAAGACGUCUGUGGAGAGUGGACUGUCGCCCCAGGACCCAUCUUCCAAGCCCACCUUGAUUUUGCCGCCAUCUAAAAAGGCUCUGUCUUAUACCGGUGACCACCAAGAGACUCCAGUGAAACAGUCGCUGUUCCUCAAACAGCCCCCUGCUCUUCCUCCAAAACCUCUCUCCAGGAUCCCAAACCAUAUCGCUGACUCAGGCCAGCCCAUCAAACUGCCCUGUAUGCCGGGAAAGCUGUCUCCACCACUACCUCCAAAGAAGGUGAUGAUCUGUGUGCCACCAGGUGGCAUGGACCCCACUCUUUCUUCCUACUCUUCACAGAAGUGCCCUCAGCAGCCCUUGGCACCCCACCAUCACACCCUCCUGCCGUCACAGCUCUCGGCUCAUCCUCACCCUCUGCAAUAUGGACCGGGUCCAAUCUCCAUCCACCAGGCAGUACCAUCGAGCAGGGUGAUUGAGGAGCUCAACAAGACGCUUGCCUUGACAAUGCAGCGGUUAGAGAGCUCCGGUCUCCACACCAUCCAAGGAAGCUCGCUCGACGGGCGGCCAGUGCCAACAGUGGUGAUCGAGUGCGACGACGACAAAGAAAAUGUGCCUAAUGAGUCCGAUUACGAGGAUGCGCCCAGUUUGUAUCGGGACGAGGAUGACGAGGAUGAAGAUGAGGAGGAAGACGACGAUGACGACGGCUCACUUUUUACAAGUUCUUUGGCCUUAAAGGUCUGCAGAAAAGACUCGCUGGCAAUAAAGCUGAGCAACCGGCCUUCCAAAAGAGAGCUGGAGGAGAAAAACAUCAUCCCUAUGCAGACAGAUGAAGAGAGGCUGGAGAUGAGGCAGCAGAUCGGAACCAAGCUGACACGGCGCUUAAGUCAGAGGCCAACUGCUGAAGAAUUGGAGCAGAGGAACAUUCUAAAACCCAGGAAUGAACAAGAAGAACAGGAGGAGAAGCGAGAAAUCAAAAGACGCCUGACACGCAAACUCAGCCAACGGCCGACCGUGGAGGAACUGCGCGAAGCGAAGAUCCUGAUUCGCUUUAGUGACUACGUAGAGGUGGCGGACGCACAGGACUACGACAGACGGGCAGACAAGCCAUGGACGCGGCUCACAGCGGCUGACAAAGCAGCAAUCCGAAAAGAGCUAAAUGAAUUUAAAAGCACUGAAAUGGAGGUUCAUGAGUCAAGUCGGCAUCUCACAAGGUUUCACAGACCUUAGAGGGGAUUUCCUUCUUGGCUUCAUGAUUUUUCACAGAAGAACCUCAGGGCUGGGAUUGUCAUAGGUGCCCAGGUCUACAGUGAGGCCAGACGUCUUCUCAAUUGCCUUUCUUUUUUUUUCAAGUUUAUGAAACUAAGCAGAAACUGCUGCCACAGUAAUAAACCGACCAUGCAGGGCGCAGCAGCUUCAGAGCCUUUUCUGUCCUCAUCGUCGACAUGUCCUCCUCCUGCUCCGUAUUAAGCAGGCUUGUGAAUCGUACGGCCAGAAUCUUGUCUGUCUGUGUCUUUGUCGUCUACUGGAAGGAGCCCACUUCCCUUUUCUUUGUGUGCCACCUUCUGUUUCUUUCCAUUGGUGUCUUGGCAAUGGCACAUGGGCGUGUUUUUUGCUGGACUUGGGAGAGCCGAUGGUACCCGGCGGUGAGGCAAGAGGACAGCUGCGCUGAAAUGUUUGGAGUGGCAGCUGCUCUGUGGCAGGCUUUGUUUCUCCACCCGCCCUGAAAUGUUGAUUGGAUAGAGCUUAGCAAGGCAGGAAAUGCUCUGACCAAUUAAAAAAAAGGGAGAAGAAUGGUGAUGAUGACAAUGACAUUACCCAGGGACUGCGAAAAGAAGGAGUGGACGUCUGUGGCCAGAGUUCCUCUUCAUUGUAUGUAUAGUGCUAUUCUAAAAUAUACACAGAAUAUAAAUGAUAUAAAUUCGCCAUUUUCCACAUUUUUCAGAGGUGGUCCGGUUUAAUAGGGGCACCACAAUAACUCUGGGUGCUACAUGGUACUCAUGGAACCGGAAGUCUGCCUGGAAAGCUUUGUUUCUUGUUUAAUUGCAGUGUUUAACUCAUUUUUAAUUUUCUUUUUUUUUUUUUAAAGACUGGUUUUUAUUGUGCCCUAAUACUACAAAUUUAAGGGAAAUCAGACCAAAAAUCCAAAGGCUUACUUUUCACAUUAACUUAUUUUAUAUCGGCUGUAGAUAGAGGUGCAUAAUGAAUGGUGUGUUUUUACGACUUUAAUGCAGCUCAGUGAGUACUUUGUUUUUUUGUUUUUUUUUUUUUAAACAAAAUAUUUUUUAUUUAUUUAUUUUUCUUAACCAUCCAUUAAUUAGCAUCCAUUUUGUAUUAUGAAAGCCCAGUUCUUUCUUAGUUGGGAGUAGAAGUUUUAAUCAGGCGGAGGAACGUGAAGCCAGACAAGAGACCUAGCAGCCAUGGCAUUGGACUGUAAAACACAAAGGUGCCGGCAAAAUCCCCACCACGGACUCCCAGGAGCGAGCGAUCUUGAUGGAGCCGCUAAGUGCUGGUAGUGAAGAAGUGUCAAAUACUGCUGUCUACAAAAGAGCUUGGGAAGAUAAUUCAUUGUGAAAAGUACAAUCUAAAAAUCACAGGGUUACCAAUUAUGAUGAAGUUACUUUAACACUCUAGAAAUGUAUGAACCAAGAGGACUACACCUGUAGAGGUGCUCAGCACUGAGGACUCUAAAUAAAAGUUCAAGGUUACCCUUUCAAUCCC